GAGAAAAACACGCCAAAACGCUUCAUAUGGGACGGAAAUGAAAUAGGAAAGUUCGUAUUUGUCAUCGAAAUCGACAUAAGAGGGGGAAGAGCAUAGAGCCACGGAGCCAGCCCAGCCUCUGACCGUCGUGGUGACAGCCACUUACUGAAGGACUAAACUUUUUGGGAGUCUCCUCAUCCGACCUUGCUGACUGGUUGGUUAUUGUUGGUUUGGAGGGAAUGCAUAUAUCCUUCGUUUGCUCUAUAACUGGUUUUGAGGACACAUUAAGGAAAGGAUCCAAACGAAUGGGAAUGCGGCAGCGCCAAACUCUCACAAUGCGGGCAGAGUGAAGGGGCAGAACACAAUACCAUUCCACGGGCUGUGGGGUUACUCGCUACAAUCUUUCAGUGGGGUUUUCUUCCAGACGAAAUAUUAUAGUUACUCUUUUUUUCCUGAUUACGUCUUUAACCCAGUAUUGCGAAGUCUAGUGUUUUUGAGUAGAAGAACCAGCCAUGACGUCUCCGGCCAAAUUCCGAAAGGACAAGGAGAUCGUAGCCGAAUAUGAAACUCAAGUUAAAGAGAUCCGUGCCCAGCUGCUGGAGCAGUUGAAGUGUCUGGACCAGCAGUGUGAGCUGAGGGUGCAGCUGCUGCAGGACCUGCAGGACUUCUUCAGGAAGAAGGCGGAGGUAGAGAUGGACUACAGUCGUAACCUGGAGAAACUGUCUGAGAGGUUCCUUACGAAGACACGCAGCACCAAAGACCACCAGCUCAAGAAGGAGCAGAGUGUGCUGUCUCCAGUUAACUGUUGGAACCUGUUGUUGAGUCAGGUGAAGAGGGAGAGCCGAGACCACGCUACCCUGUCUGACCUCUACCUCAAUAACAUUAUACCGCGCUUCGCCCAGGUCAGCGAGGACUCCGGACGACUCUUCAAAAAGAGGAUGGACGUCUUUUCUGUGUCUCUGUCUCUGCAGAGUAAGGAGGUUGGUGUCCAGCUUCAGGAGGAUCUGAUGAAGGUUCUGAACGAGCUCUACGCGGUGAUGAAGACAUACCACAUGUACAACACAGACAGUAUCAACUCUGAGAACAAACUGAAGGAUGCAGAGAAACAGGAGGAGAAGCAGAUGGGGCGCUCUGGUCGCCAGGACGACAGACAGACUCCCAGGUCACCUGACACACUGGCCAGCAUCAAGACGGAGGAGAAACAUGUCCGACGCUCCUCAGUCAAGAAGAUAGAGAAGAUGAAGGAGAAGAGGCAGGCUAAGUACACAGAGAACAAGCUGAAAGCAAUCAAGGCGAGGAAUGAAUACCUGCUGGCUCUGGAGGCUACGAACAGCUGUGUCUUCAAAUACUACAUCCACGACUUGUCUGAUAUCAUCGACUGCUGUGACCUGGGCUACCAUGCCAGUCUCCACCGUGCGUUGCGGACCUACCUGUCAGCCGAGAUGAACGUGGAGGCCUCUAAGCACAGCGGUCUGGAGGGCCUGGAGGGGGCAGUAGAGAGCCUGGAGCCCAACGGGGACAAGCAGAGACUGAUGGAAACCUACAACAACGUCUUCUGUCCCCCCAUGCGCUUCGACUUCCAAUCACACAUGGGAGACACGAUGGGGUUAGUAUGUGCCCAGCAGCCGUUAGAAGGGGAGUUACUCCAGAGGUGUCAGCAGCUGCAGUCCCGUCUCUCCACCCUCAAGAUUGAGAAUGAGGAGGUGAAGAAGACUAUGGAGGCCACUCUGUCGACCAUCCAGGACAUGGUCACCGUGGAGGACUAUGAGGUCAGCGAGUGUUUCCACCACAGCAACUCUAUGGAGUCGGUCAAGUCCACCAUGGGCCAAUCAUUCCUCAGCAAACCCAGCCUGGCCAAGAGACGGGCCAAUCAACAGGAAACGGAACAGUUCUACUUCACGAAACUGAAGGAGUUUCUGGAGGGCCGGAACCUGAUCACCAAACUGGAGGCCAAACAUGACUUGAUCCAGAAGACCCUGGGAGAGAGUCAGAAGACUGACUGUUGCCUUGCCAGUGACAGGAGGAACUCUGCACUACGGAAUCAGGAGGCUGGCCAUGUCAUCCCUCUGAUGGUGGAGAGCUGUAUCCGCUUCAUCAGUCGCCAUGGUCUGCACCAUGAGGGCAUCUUCAGAGUGUCUGGCUCUCAGGUGGAGGUCAAUGACAUCAAGAACGCCUUUGAGAGAGGUGAGGACCCGUUGGCAGGAGAUCAGAAUGAUCAUGACAUGGACUCCAUCGCUGGUGUUCUAAAGCUCUACUUCAGAGGACUGGACCACGCCCUCUUCCCCAAGGAAGUCUUCCAUGACAUCAUAUCCUGUGUCUCAAUGGAGAACCUGCAGGAGAGGGCUGUCCACAUCAGGAAGGUUCUGCUGACUCUGCCCAGCAACACUCUCAUCAUCAUGAGAUACCUGUUCGCCUUCCUCAACCACCUGUCCCAGUACAGUGAGGACAACAUGAUGGAUCCCUAUAACCUGGCCAUCUGUUUUGGUCCCACUCUGAUGUCAGUCCCAGAGAGCUGUGACCAGGUGUCCUGCCAGGCCCACGUUAACGAGCUCAUCAAGACCAUCAUCAUCCACCAUGACGGGGUUUUCCCCGGACCAGGGGACCUGCAGGGGCCCGUCUACACCUGCCCAGGGGCCACCGAUGAGUACUGUGAGCCCCCCCUAGUGGAAGAACCUGCUCCUGACACCAUCUCUGUCAUCCACAACAGCGAUGAUGGCUUGUUGAUCGUUUCAGAAUCUGACCCAAUAGUGGCCAUUGCUCGCUUCGACUACUCUGGACGGACCAACCGGGAGCUGUCGUUUAAUAAGGGCGCGUCUCUCCUCCUUUUCCAGCGAGUCAGUGAUGACUGGUGGGAGGGCCAACACAACGGAUUGGACGGACUAUUGCCUCACCAGUACAUAGUGGUUCAGGACAUGCCGAACGGGGGCAGAGGCAGUCCAAAGACUGAGGCGGAGUUGCAGGAGGAGAAAGUGUCCACUAGGGGCAUCGCUGCCUCUCCCACUGGAGCUCAUGUAGCUGAUGUCUACCUGGCCAACCUCAACAAGAUGAGGAAGAAGCCGGAGUUGGGGAGUAUCCGUAGAACCUUCCGGGUGUCUGAGGGAGGACAAGGGGGUGACGUACCCCCAACGGGGGCGACUGGCGGGAGUGUGAGGACGGCCAGUCUGCCUGUGGGAGGGGCUCUGGUGAAAGAGGGCGGAGACAAACGACCGGUCAGCGCCCACAGUGUCCUCAACUCCUCCAUCACACGCCACUCCUCUCUCAAGACCAAGGUGGAAAGCCCUCAGUUCCGCAAAGCGACCACAGCGGGGCGCUCUAAGAGCUUCAGCAACCACAGACCGCUGGACCCUGAGGUCAUCACUCAGCUGGAGCCCACCUCACAGGAUAUCGAGGUGGCAAUGAGCUCUGCUCUGAGAGAGCUGAGAGAGCUGGAGAGGCAGAGCAUUGUCCAGCACACACACACCCCCGACGUGGUGCUGGACACUCUGGAGCAGCUGAAGGGUGUGUGUGGUGGGGGAGGAGGGGGCGCAUCAGAGCCCUCCAGUCCCCUCCACUCCCGUCUGCUGAGGGACAGCGACGGCGCAGGAUCUCCACACUCACACCCUCUCCAACGCAGCGCUUCGUCCGCUAGCGACGUCCCCUCCUCCUUCCGCCCUUCCUAUCCCAGGAGCCCCCUGCCCUCCUCUCUCGCCUCCUCAGCCCUCGCUUUCUCCACUCCCUCCUUCCGAGAGCCUCGUCCUCCAGCCACGCGGCCCAAGCCGGUGGUCUUCCCCAAGGGAGGAGGAAGCAGCAGUCCGGCUAUGGGGUCCCCAACCUCCACUGUCCCCCCUCCUCCCCCACCCCCACCCCAGCCAAACGACAAGUCCUGCCCCGCCUGAGGAGUGACAUCACACACGCUCCCCUUCCAUACACAAACCACUGCCCCAUCUCCCCUCACCCAAUGACAAGUGGGAUAGCUCCCACCUAGGAUCAGCUUACCCUCCCAAACUAAGCAUUAUGGGGGUUAGACUGUAUAAAGCCUCCAUGACUCAAACAAGGGAUCAAAACGAACAUACAGCAUGACAAUAAAGAGAUAUGGAACCUGUGCUGUAUAUACUGGUGUGAGGUGUGUGUAUGUGCAGGCAAACCUGUGUGAGGCGUGUGAGCGUGUGUGAGCGUGUGUGAGCGUGUGUGUGUGUGUGUUUGCGUGUGUGUGUGUGUGUGUGUGUGUGUGUGUGUGUGUGUGUGUGUGUGUGUGUGUGUGUGUGUGUGUGAGCGGGGCUGGUGUGUGUGUGUGUGUGUGUGUGUGUGUGUGUGUGUGUGUGUGUGUGUGUGUGUGUGUGUGUGUGUGUGUGUGUGUGUGUGUGUGUGUGCCUGUGUGAGGUGUGUGUGAGCAUGCCUGUGUGAGAUGUGUGUCACAUACCUUAUACUUGAGAGCACUAUUUGAUGUUGAAUAGAUGGAACAUUUAAGGACAUUUCCCAGGCAGUCUCUCCUUUUAUCCCCAAAGAACCCUGAGAAGACUGGAGAGGACAGGAGGACAUGGUUCACCUGGAUGGCUGUGUGAGUGUGUGACUCCUGGAUCCACACUCUGAGAACACACAGACAGACUGUGGAACACAGAACAUCAUAUAACUCAGAAGAAACUCCGUAUCCACUUUCUCUGGCUACACGUUCCCUCGCUGCUUCAACACUGGAUCAGCCAAACCGGACAGACAGAGACAGACAGACAGAUAGAUGGAUGGAUGGAGAGAGCAGUGGAAUGCCUGUUUGAGAGGGCAGUGGAAUGCCUGUUUGAGAGGGCAGUGGAAUGCCUGUUUGAGAGGGCAGUGGAAUGCCUGUUUGAGAGGGCAGUGGAAUGCCUGUUUGAGAGGGCAGUGGAAUGCCUGUUUCUACAUGGAGAGAAGAGGAUUAGGCUAUGUCUCUGAUCCUCCUGUGUGUAGGCAAGCUAAGUGUUGUGGUGACUCGUUCUAACAACAACGCUCACCAGUAAAGCUGCUAUACACCACGCUCUUUUCUACUGUAUUCUACUAGACUCUACUAUACUCUUCAUCGGGGCUAUUCAAUUAGCACCCCUCAGGGGCCAAAUGAAUGCUGCUUUACUUUUCUAAGUGGAAGUUGUAAUGUAAUUGAUUGGCCAGAGAGCCCGAUCACCAAUGUCCCAGGUGUGUAUUGAUGGGGCCCUGCAGGACAAUAGUUAAAAGUCCUUCUCUACAUUCUGUAUUUACCCACAUAAUGCAAUGCUUGUCUAGCUUUCCAACAGCACCUCUUGCUGGUGUUUAAGUGCACGACAUGGCUGUUCUCAAUAACCAACCUUUCUUUAGCAAUAAGAGUCUGACAGACUCAUCAGCUUAGCAGCAUGCCAGGCCUGCUGCUUCUCUCUCCCUUAGACUCCCAGCAUUAAUAUACGCUCUGUAACAGAAGUGGAAUAAACACACACAUACACAUGUGUGUGUGUGUGUUCUGUGGCAGCUAAAUGCCUUUCAGGUUCUCCUCGCAUGCUGGGGCCACAGCAGUCACAGUGCUGAUUGACUGCAUCUAUUUUCAAUACUACCAAACGCGUCUCUUACACCAGCUUCACACCAGUUAUUACUCCAGACAAAAUCAGCAAAAAGGGUAUUUUUACAUGUAUAGUUUAUUAACCAUGGUGAUAACUGGACAUGUGCAGAUGAGGAAUCUCAAUGAGGUGGAAGAGUUUGUUUAGAUACAAGCACGAACAAACCUCGUCAAGCGCAUUCAUAAACAUAUUACUUAAUGCUUAUUUUCUUCCACUUGUUAGUUUAUCCUCAGAAUAUGUAAUACUAAACUUUGUAGCCGUCUACGUGUGUGUUGGGUGUGUGUGUGUGCGUCAGUGACCCUUCACAGCUCUCAGAAGUCAGAGUUAACCACUCAUCAUUAAGGGAACCAACUAAUGCCUGCUCUUUGGAGACAUGGGGACCAACAGGAUGGGACACAAAACAGCAGAACCUGUGUUGCCAGAGCCACUCUGCUACCAGUAUCACUGAUCACUAGGCUUAAUGUUUGUGUGACUGACUAGUUCUCAGUCCCAGCCACUAAAGACAGAGGACAACAGGAAAAGUGUCACACUGUCUCCUCUGUCGCUCCUCUUCCAAUAGCAUUGAUGUGUGUCAUGGUGAACCCGCAUCCAAUAAUUGAUUGGAUUUAUAUAAUCCAAUGAAAUCAGUUACAGGAACAGCCCUGAGGUCUGUUCUGUUGUGCUCGUCUUUAAGAGAACUUCUGCUGUGACUCCCUAACUGUCUGCCGCAUCAUGUGAUCAAUCUCAAACCGGUCCUGUCCUGUCUUUCACUGUAGCAUUUUCUGAAGUCUGAACUGGGAUUCGUCAAGGGGAGGAGACAGAAUGUUUUGAUUGGUCAAGGUUAGUGGGAGGCGGCAGGGUGCUUUAGUUAUUGACAGCUUUAACACUGUCUGAGACCAGGAUAUUUAAUGUCAGGGCUUAGAGAUCCUUGAGGCUAGAAAAGCAGCAGACAUCUCUCCCUAUCACCCUGCUCUCUCUGUACCUUUCUCCUAGCAUUCUGCCUCUCUUCCCACAGACACACUAAUAUCCCUCUGUCUGGUUUCUCCCUUAUUCCUUCCUCCCCACCAUGCAGAUAUAUACUUGUAUUAUUGCAUUCCCAAAUGAUCUGUAACAGGGGACUUAAUUAUAAUUGUAAUGUUUUAUCUCUGUGUGUGUAUUUUAAGAUGUAUUUUACAUUGUGUUGCUCCCCUUACCUCAUCUUGGCAACUGGAGGGAUUGUGCGUGUGUGUGUGGGGUGGGGUGAAUAGGCAUUAACACGCAUCAUACGAACAUACACUCAUGGGUGAUGCUUUGUGGUUGGUGUCUGUGUUAUCCUGGCUUUGUUGUAUAGGAGCUAGGAGCCUCAGUGUCCUCACCAUAUUAUCCGUUGAGCUCAAAUCAAUCAUCAUGCAUCAUAAUGACAUGGUGUUCUCCAGGACUGAUUGAAUGAGGAGGAUUUUACUAUGAUUAACUAUUGUUAAAUAUGCAUUUCUUGUCCAUUUGAAAACACAAGAUCUAAAAAACGACUGUAAUGUCAAAUAUAUGUAUAGUUGCCUCUGUAUUACUGGAGAAUCCUGUGUUAAGAUGUACUUUGUAUAUACAAUGUUGUACAUUACAGAGGUACACUCUUUUUCUGGUACAAUAUUGUACAGUAAUAGCAAUAGUAGUUUAAUCAAAUAGACCUUAUAUAAUUCUAUGUGUAGUUCUUGUAGUAUACUUUUUUUAAAUAAACAUUGCUUGCUAUAAAGGU